UUCUGGAGAAGACAGACCCUGGAGUUUCAAGAUAGCGUCAGUUCGUGUCGGCUUUUAUUUUAUUUUUAUUCUCGCUUUUCUUUUCUUCUGCGCAUCGCCUUCUUUGCGUCGUGUCGUUUGUUCUUCUAUUUUUAUUGACGGCCGUCGCUGCGUGCAUACAUAUACCGGCAUUACUCCUGCAGAGUCCGAGUCCAUCUCACUCCAUCUAUACAGUUACACAAGCAAGCAUUAUAUAAACAAUAUCAACCAUCAUGAUCAUGGCCUCCAGGCCCAACUUUGUCUCCAUCCUCAACAAUGACGACCAUCCGUCUUUUACCGUCCGUUCGAGCCCCCGGUUGAUCAGACAUCAUUCCUCCUCUUCCUUCGAUCCUGUUACUGAAGCGGCCCGCGCUCCUUCGCCUGGAUCGUCCGUGUGUUCCUACGACUAUGCCACUAGUAGCUGUGGCUCCUACUUCCAACCUAAUCCCUCCUCUGCCUCCGAUUCCUACUUUCCUCCGAUUUCCUCGAUUGCCCCAUCCGAGCAUCAUCGCAGCGCUACCUCCGCAGACCCUCCCUCGCCGUCGUCCAUCGGUGCCUCCAAGGACUCUCCUUCGACUUCGACCAUCUCCUCUUCCUUCUCCUCUACCACCACCACCACCACAACCGCAACCACCGCAAAUGCCAAGCGAGGCGUUCGGAAGAACAAAUACCCUUGUCCAUACGCCGCGAGCCACAAUUGUUCCUCCACAUUCACCACCUCGGGGCACGCAGCACGGCAUGGCAAGAAACAUACGGGCGAGAAGAGCGUGCAUUGUCCGAUCUGCAACAAGGCGUUUACCAGAAAGGAUAAUAUGAAGCAACAUAUCCGGACGCAUCGGAACCAUUCAGAGGAGAACACAACUCCAGGUGCGGGUGCAGGGACAGGGAGGGAGAGCGGUGCUAGUACCCCGACGAGCGGGUGGUCAGCCCGGAGGACGAGCCCGGCGGCGUAUCAUCAGCAUCAGCAUCAUCGGUCGAUAAGUCAGUCGGAGGGGAGGGAGUUUCUGAGUGUCAGACAUGCGCCAUAUUGAGAAACAUUUGACUGAAUGAGUUACGGCAAAAGAGUGAUGGAGAUUAUGAAGUGGAUGAGUGAAAAGUGGUCAUUCCUUUCGUUUAUCGUUACCUGGUUGGGAUUUUUGAAGCGUUCUGUUGGUUUCUGGCGCAUGUUGAGCAAAUGUCUGCAUUUCUGUCUUAUAUACCAUUGUUUGUAUACCAG